ACAGGUUUGUCAAACCUUGAUUCACUGUUGGUGCUACUGAAAAGAGCUUAACAAUGAGCCGUACAGAUUGUUUCAGGCUGUUUGGGCUUUGUCUUUGGCUGCUGGUCGGUGAUGUAAAUUGUGAGAAUGCCCAGAAAGGUUAUGUCCGACGUGUCCAGGCAGGACAGGCCCCAAUGGGUGUCCAAAAUAAGAACCGAGUCUACAAGAGCAGUGAAGUACCUAUUUUCAGAAUCUCUGCAGAUGGCCGUUAUCCUUAUCCUGUUAUUCCUGAACCACAAAAUAGCCAAGCUGUUCCAAAAAGCCAAUUCAACCAUUUUAAAUCUGGCUCCAGCUUCACCUCAGUUCUACGAGGACGAAGUGCAGUUCAGGUUCCAUCCCAUAUCUAUCGUGCCAGAACUAAACCUGUUCAGGCACCCAAACACCCACAGGAGUCACCCCUCACACCCAGGUCGGAGGUGGGUGGAUAUCGCCCUGCUUAUGUUUUCCCCAACAGCUUUAAUCGUGGCAGAACAGACUUGUUGCAGAAAGUUUUAAAACCCGUAGACAAGAAGAUGGACUCCAUUGAGAAGGGACAUUCUCCUGGUAGGAAUUCAGCUGGAAAGGUUGACACACGGAUGUCUUCUUCAAUAUGGAGUCACAGGGUGUAUAGCAGUGACGGGAUGUCUAAAGCAAGAGUAUACGCCCACGUCCGCCAUCUCAAGCCUGGUGGUGACAGAAUACGGCCCCAAUCUACUUUUGCUGCAUGUACAAAGUUCUUGGGAGCAGAUUUUACAUCCCCGAAAAAGAAUCAAGGAAGUUAUAGCCGUGAUUUAACAGUAAGAUUUGGUCAUGGCGUCCAAGCAUCGAAUGAAAGGUGGCUAAAUCUUGAUCAGAAUUCCAGAAGAAGAGAACCCGGAAGCUGGCAUCGUCCACCACCAGAUAGAGCACACAUUCCUGUUCAAGGAAAAUUCAAACCUUUCCAAAGACUUCCUACGAAUGAUCUCCAUGCCCAGACCAAUUCAUCAGACAGUGAAACAGCUCCCACUCAGACAACCCUCCCCCCUAGUUUGACCUCCACAGGCAUUACUUCUUCAGUUAAUGAAAAGUUUAGCACAGAGACUGCUUUACCUACGCAGACAGAGGGCCGAGAUGCGGAGCUUGUACCUCAAGCGUCAAACCCCGAGGGCCAGUCUGAAAGUUCAGCAGAAGUUGGAACUUCCUUGAAGCAAAACGAACUAUUUUCCACCACAGUCUCUCCUCCAAAGCUACAACCAGCAGAAAAAGAGACAAGCUGACAAGGUUGUCUCACAUCCUCUAGAAACAAAUCCGUCUAAAGUUUAACUCGAGCUCUGAGAUGCUGCUUGGGUAAACGUGAAUAUCGGUGGCAAGUUGGCAACAUCAGCAAGAGAUCACAAAGGUGGCAGCUUAUUAUCCACUUAUCUGUAUUUGCAGCUGCGUCUGUAUGCAAGAAUUUAAAAUACCAAAGUUAUCAAGAUUAAAGUGGUCAAAUAACUGUUACAUUAAGCUGUGAUAUUUUUAACCUACUCUGAGAUCUGCUGCCUGUUCAGAAAGGGUUUGACUUUGAAUAAAUGUGUGUUUUUCUCUUUAAAGACUGGCUUUGCUUUAAUAAAUCAUAAAUCAGA